AUGCUUGAUUUCGUCGCGGCAGCCGCGGAGCCGUCCCGCCUCUCCCACCCCUGCCUCGUCCGUGCGCAGACCCUGAUUCAAGCCGUGAUGCGCCAGCUCGAGAAAGAAUUCUACCAGAUGCUCGCCGCAAACAACGACCUCCUGGACCAGGAACAGCGGCUGUGCAUCGCCCGCGCCAUCGCGGUCGACCCGGAGGUGAUCCUGAUGGACGAACCGUGCAGCGCGCUCGAUCCGAUCGCGACCGCGCGGAUCGAGGAGUUGAUCCACGACCUGCGCGGCCGAUACGCCAUCGCGAUCGUCAUGACCGACCUCCGGGCCAUCGCAGAUACCAUGGUAUUUGCAGGGUAUGGCUUCGAGUGCGUGAGAAUCUACCGGACCCUCCGCAAGUCUGUCGUGGACGAGGAGCUUUAUCGGCACGGUUUCGACAGGUCUCUCAGCUCGCCCCAAAUCAAGAAGAUGGACUGGGUUGUGCUCGAACUAAAAAUUCGAUCAUGGCUCGGCGCUUGCCGUGUCGCGGUGCGUACUCUGUUUCAUCGCGAGCGUGUUCUCAUCGACCACGUCUUCUCCAACUCAAACAUUGCCCGAGAGGCCGUCUUCUCCAGCGUCGUCGGCGAUGCCGCCCUUCAGUUCUUUGCAUUUCCGGAGUGGGCGGCCAAAUCAAAAUAG